CAUACGGUGAAGGGGGAUGCAAGCUGAGGGACAACAAGUCCCUCUCUCAAGCUCUCUAGAUACGGUACAAUCUUGUGGCUGGAGACGAAGCAUUGUAGUCUUGUUUCGAUGCGUUUUCAGUCCGAGACAGGAUGCACAUCAUUAUUUGACGGGACUAUAGGAGAUAUACCUUCACCACAUCAUUCUUUACUUUGUGGUAUUCUCUGUGUGAAUUAAUAAUGUUCUUGGACAUUUUAAUGUGGUGUAUGAUAGCACUGGACACCACGCGCAUCGCAUCAUCUCUGGAGUUACAGCCUGACAUGCCUAAUGUGUGUGCGGAGCAGGAGUUGUCCAUGCUGGGUGCACGCCAGCCUUGUGUCCAGGCCUUCACUCGGAUGGUCAAGGUCUGGAAGCAAGGCUGCACUGGCCACCGCUGGUGUGUUGGCUACGAAAGGAAAACAGGCUACUACACAGCCUACAGGCAGGUGUACAGUAUGGAUGUGCACAGGGUGUACAGGUGCUGCCCUGGGUGGACACAGAGGGGCAAGGAAAGGGGCUGUUUGCACCGGGUGUGUGCUGCUACUACCUGCUUCAAUGGGGGCAGGUGUGCUGAGAGAGGUGACCAGAUCUGUCAGUGUCCUGAAGGCUUCCAAGGAACACGCUGCCAGUAUGAUGUCAACGAGUGCUCGACUGCUAACGGCGGCUGUGAGGGACAUUGCUGCAACACCAUUGGAAGCUUCUACUGCAAGUGCCCCGAGGGCAGCCGACUGGGCCCGGAUGGCAAGGCCUGUCAGGACGUGAAUGAGUGUGAGGAGCUGAAUGGCGGCUGCCAGCAGACCUGUGUGAACACGGUAGGCUCCUACCACUGUGAGUGCAGCCAGGGCUUCCGCAUGCACACUGAUGGAAGGACCUGCAUCGCUGUGAACUCCUGCUCGGUGAAGAAUGGCGGCUGUGAACAGAAGUGUGUGGACAUGGGCAACGACCACUACAAGUGCGAGUGUCGUAUGAACUACCAGCUGAAGAGGGAUGGGAAGCACUGCGAGUUGAGGGACCCCUGUGUGGACAGGAAUGGAGGCUGUGCUCAGCUGUGUCGUUCUGUGGAUGGUCAAGCAGAGUGCAGCUGCAGACCUGGGUACACACUGGCCAGAGACAGCCAGGGCUGUGAGGACAUAGAUGAGUGCAGCUCGGGCCAGGCCAUGUGUGCCCAUCGUUGUGUCAACACCCAGGGCUCCUUCAGCUGUGUGUGUAACCCUGGCUUUGAGCUGGGCUCUGACGGCAAACAGUGCUACCGUAUUGAGAUGGAGAUAGUGAACAGCUGUGAGAAGAACAACGGAGGAUGCUCCCACCACUGUGAACACACCACCAACGGACCUCUCUGCUCCUGUAACCAAGCAUACCAACUGGCUGAGGACAGGAAGACCUGUGUGGACAGUGAUGAGUGUGAGAGUGGGGAGGCGUGCUGCAGUCAGUUCUGUAAGAACUACCCAGGGGGCUAUGAGUGCAGCUGCAAGGCUGGCUACAGGCUCCACGCAGACGGCUGUGGCUGCAAUGAUAUUGAUGAGUGCCUGGCAGAGAGUUCUGUCUGUGAACACUACUGUGUGAACACCCUGGGGACCUACGAGUGUUUCUGCAGAAUGGGCUUCCGUUUGGACAUCGACCAGAGAGCCUGCAUCUCGCUGUACGACAGUGACCUGGAUGACGAGGAAGAGGAGGAUGACCCAGAGGAGGAUCUGGGAGUCCACAGGUUGCCAGAUCUGCUGUUCCGACAGCCCCCUCAGCUCCUACAGUACACUGCAGCCCUGCACUCACCCUAUGGUGAUGAUGAGGAGGAAGAGGCACAGAGAGGGGAACUCACCCUGGUCAGCCACAUAGUGUGUCUAGAUGAUUCCUUUGGUUAUGACUGCGGUGUGAGCUGUGCUGACUGUGAGAACGGAGCAGUGUGUGGUGCGGACAGAGACCGCUGUGAAUGUACACCUGGAUGGACUGGCGUAAUCUGCAACGAGACUUGUCCUGUAGGGACCUAUGGACAGGCCUGUAACAGCCUGUGUCGGUGCCAGAAUGGGGGCUCCUGUGAACCAGUGACCGGGAGGUGUGUUUGCCCACCAGGGGUGCAGGGCCAGCUCUGUGAGGAUGGUUGCCCACAAGGAUACUUUGGGAAACACUGUAGGUGGAGGUGUAACUGCCCCAACAACGGGCGCUGCCACCGUCUCUAUGGAGCCUGCCUGUGUGCCCCGGGGCUGUACGGACGCUUCUGCCACCUGCCUUGUCCCAGGUGGACCCACGGUGUCGGCUGCUCUGAGGAGUGUGACUGUGUUCUGGAACAUUCCCUGGGCUGCCAUCCCAAGAACGGGACCUGUCUUUGCAAACCUGGCCACCACGGCUCUCAGUGUCAGCAAGAGUGUGAUCCAGGGUUCUAUGGUAGUGGCUGUGGGCAGCAGUGUGACUGUCCAGGUGGGGCGACCUGUGACCCUAGGAGUGGAGAGUGCACCUGGAGGUGUCCUGCAGGGCUCCAUGGGAACCUGUGUCAGCUGGCCUGCAGGGCUGGUCAGUUUGGGGAGAACUGCCUCCAAACGUGUGUGUGUGGAGGAGCACCCUGUGACCCCGUGACAGGACAGUGCAUCUGCCCUGUUGGGAAGACAGGAAAGGCCUGUCAACAAGACUGCCCAGAGGGAUUAUGGGGGUUGAAGUGCCAGUUCCCAUGUAGAGCGUGUGAGAACGGCGCUUCCUGCAACACGCAGACAGGAGUCUGUGACUGUAACCCUGGGUACACAGAACAACUCUGCCAGACUGUGUGUCCAACAGGGUCCUAUGGGCCAGGCUGUGUGAGUGCUUGUGUCUGUCAUCCUGAUGCCAGCUGUGACCCUGUCACCGGACACUGUACAUGUCCCCCGGGCCGAACAGGACACGACUGCACUACGUCCUGUGAGGAGGGGUCCUGGGGCUCUGGGUGCUCCAACAGGUGCCAUUGUGCAGACCGAGCCCUGAGUUGUGAUGCUGUGACUGGACGCUGUGUGUGUGAGGCUGGUUUCACUGGAGACCACUGUGAACAGAUGUGUGUGGAGGGCAGCUAUGGUUGGGGCUGUGCCCUGGACUGUCAGUGUCAGCACGGGGCUCUGUGUGACCAUGUCAGUGGAGCCUGCACCUGCUCCUCUGGAUGGACCGGAACCUUCUGUGAGAAAAUGUGCCCGGACGGGUUUUACGGUCUUGACUGUGGCCAGAUGUGCGAGUGCAGGAACGGUGCCCGCUGCCACCACAUCACAGGAGCCUGCCUCUGCACCCCUGGCUGGUCGGGACCACACUGCAUUCUGGCCUGCCCUGAGGGUGGUUUUGGGAAGAACUGCAGCCGGAGCUGUGAGUGUCAGAACGGGGCCACCUGUGACCACGUCAGCGGCCGCUGCAGCUGUGGAGCCGGAUGGACCGGAGCCAGCUGCCAAGAGGCCUGUCCUGCUGGGAGGUAUGGAGAGGACUGUUCCCAGCUGUGUCUGUGCCAGCAUGGAGGCUUCUGUGACAGCGUGACUGGCCAGUGUUCCUGCCCCAGAGGGUGGACCGGAGCAGCCUGCGAGCUGGACUGUGGGGAGGGGUCCUAUGGAGAGGGGUGCACACAAACCUGCAGCUGUCAGAACGGAGGGGCGUGUGACAGAGUGACUGGGGGGUGUAGCUGUCCCUCUGGCUGGACUGGAGAGCACUGUCAGACAGCCUGCCCAGACGGUCUCCAUGGAAAAGGGUGUGAGCAGAGGUGUCAGUGCGACCACGGGACAAGCUGCCACCAUGUGACAGGCAGGUGUGAAUGUCACCCAGGAUGGAGAGGGGCCCAGUGCGACAAACCCUGCUUGCCUGGGGUCUACGGUGCUUCCUGUGCCCAGCGGUGCCAGUGUCAGUCUGGGGUGUCCUGCCACCACGUUGCUGGGACAUGUGGCUGCCCUGCUGGUCUCACUGGGAACGGCUGUGAGGAGACGUGUCCAUCAGGUGUGUUCGGGCUGAACUGUAGCCAGGUGUGCCAGUGUUCUGGGGACCAUGAGCAGUGUCACCCUGUCACUGGAAGGUGUACCUGUCUGCCUGGUUACUACGGCAACCGCUGUGAACUCAAGUGUCGUGAGGGAUCAUAUGGGUCAAACUGCAAGGCCAGAUGUAAGUGCAGCAAUGGCGGUCGCUGUGACACUAAGACAGGGACCUGUGAGUGCCGACCUGGCUUCCUAGGAGCUGACUGCAGCACUGGUUGUCCGACGGGGCGCUAUGGGAAGGACUGUGCCCAUCUGUGUUCCUGUGGGGAGGGAGGGCAGUGCCAUCCUGUGACUGGGAGGUGUAUCUGUGCCCCAGGUAAAAUCGGACAGUCCUGCCAGCAAGCUUGCCCUAGGGGGCGCUAUGGCCUGCAGUGCAGGAACACGUGUGUGUGUCAGAACGGAGCGCUGUGUGAGCCCAGGGACGGGACUUGCAGGUGUGGGCUGGGCUGGACGGGACCACGCUGUGAGACAGUGUGUGUCCAGGGGAAGUACGGACCAGACUGUGCACUGGAUUGUCCCUGCCAGAACAACGGGACAUGUGACCGCUUCACUGGCUGUUGCAGCUGCACGGCCGGACACUACGGACACUCCUGUGAACACCGGUGUCCCUCUGGAUUCUUCGGACAGAACUGUGCCCAUCCGUGUGACUGCCGGGCGGGACAGACAUGUGAUCAUGCGACAGGCCGGUGUGUGUGUCCGCCUGGCUACCGUGGCUCCCUGUGUCAGAGACGGUGCGAGGCUGGCCGGUUUGGGGAGGGCUGUCAGCAGUCAUGUGACUGUGUUGGGGGGGCCCCCUGUCAUCCAGCCAUGGGACAGUGUUUCUGCCCCCCAGGGAAGACUGGACAGAGAUGUGAAAAAGACUGUAGAAGAGAUCGUUUUGGUCCGGACUGCUCCCUGCAGUGCCAGUGUUCCCAUCAGGCCCAGUGUGACGCUCGUAAUGGUCGCUGCCUGUGUCCUGUUACCUGGCUGGGCCCCACAUGCACAGAAGGACUACUAGAGACUGCAGAGGUCCCAGUGUUGGGCUUCUCUCCCUCCCUGAAGAAGCCGUCUGGUCUCUCCCACUCGUAGCGCUGCUGGAGGCCCCACAUCCCAAACUAGACGGCCCAAAUACCCCCGCCAGACGUCUCAAACACUGAACACUCAGCAAGGUUCCCUAAAUAUGCAAUCAGGGAUCCUAGGGAGUCAAGGGAAGGCUGUGAACAGUUGGACAGAUGGAUAGAUGGACAGAGGUAUACAGCCAGAAGAUGAUUCAGGUCUGGACCAGACACACAAGGCAAUGUAUUCUUAUGACUACACCUGUAUUCUGCACAUUUGGUUGAGAAAUGUGCGGUGGCUUUUUGAGAGCCUGCAGAAAGGUGCAGAAUGCCGGUUUAGUUAGAGAGAGAGAGCAGGCUACAUACACAAGGACCUGGAACAUUGAUGUGCUGCUGGGCGGUGGACAUUGGAAAUGUCACCUGAGCUCUAUUGUGCUUCCUGCCUGAUUGUCUCAGGACUGGACCCCUGCCCCAAGUCAACUGUUCUAGCCUGUCAUUAACCACAGCUCAAACUCUUCCUGUACAUUCACAACGUCUCCGUCCUCACCCCAAUGCAGCUUUGGGCAGCCUAGUACAGGGGUGGGCACCACGGUGCUGGAGGGGCACAGUGUGUGCAGACCAUCACUAUCACACAUGAUUCAUAAAGACCAUGAUUAGAUGAUUAGUGGAAUCAGGUGUGUUAGAGCUGGGCUGGAACAAAAGCCUGCAGCCUCCUAUUGCUUACCCGUGGCCUAGCCUCAGAGUCAUUGGUCAGACUGACAUGGGAGCAACAGCCAUCACUCCCAAAGUGUCCACUGGUACUGUCUCUCCGUUGAGCGGCGCUCUGUCAUGCUAUCAUAUCAUAUACAGUGAGACUAUUUUGUGUUGUAUUUUACUGGUUUCUUUUGACAGUGUGUGCCUGAUUGCUUGUCAUAAAGUGUUAAUAUAUUUAGAAAUUGCUUUUGAUUGUUUGUUUGAUUUGAUAAGAUCACUUACUGUACUGUCAGAUCAGGAAAGUCACAUAUCAAUUCAUUACUGCUGUUACUGCCUGUUACUGUAAGUGUAUCAGUUCAAUGACACUAUGACCUAUAGAAGUUUUAGCCAAGUAAUCAGUAUAUUUUCAUGUAGAAGGGUUUUUAGAAUAUUACAAAGCAUUUGAACUGUACAUCAGGAUACUGCCAUUCAUACCACUCAUAACAUGUACGGUACUAUGUGCCUGAUGGCAGGCUAUAUGUAAAUGGUGCUGUUUUGAUACAUCUUGAAUUUCUAUCAAAUUCUCUUUUUACUAAA